AGUACUUCAACAGCCAUGAAACAACCAACAAGUGUAAAUUGUUUGUUCUCAUUUUUUUUUGUUUGAAUUUACCGACAUCCACACGUAAAGUCAAAACCUUAUCAACUUUUAUUGGAGAACUUUAGUGAUUCGGACAAAAAAAAAAAGGAAUUAUAUUUUUUUGUUGUUGUUGUUGGGAAUUGACUAGACGUUACGAACGUGAACAUCUUUUUUCAAACUUACUCUUUUGCCUCCUUUGAUGAAAAUCCUCCUUAUGUACACCUAAACUAGUGUGCAAGUUUAAAUUGUGUUUUAUCACGAAACGACGUACAUUUUGACGCACACACACUUUUGAGUGAAAGUGGAUUUGAGUUGUGAUUAAACGACCGAUGACCACCUGUCCGAGUUAAGGAACUGCCGACUUAAGGAACUGCCGACAAUUUAAUAAAGUUUUUUGCUACAUCAAACGGCAAAUUAUUGGUUUAAUUUCCUCAACUGAAAAAAAGUUUGGUUUAUAUGUGCUGGAGAUUAGCGGAAGACGGCACCAGCAGCAGCGAAGCCAUGGAUGAAUACCAUUGAAUUUGGCUUGCGCUGUGGAUGUGAAUGAGCAACGACAACAACAACGACGAUAACAUCAACAACAGCAUCAACAGUAGCAGCACCAACAACAGCGCAGCAACGCAGACGAAUCUCAAGGAACGAAACGCUAUUCGUAUGACCUGAUUAGCUUUAAUAAUGGGCCAACAUCCAAAAUGGCAUGCAGAACAGUUUAAUCGAUAUAUAUCCGACUUCAGCAAAACCAUUCAUAGUAUCAGUAGUUCAGACAAUUACCAUUCAAAUAAUCACAACACAUCGAGUGGCAUAGCUAAUGAGAGAAGCGGUAAUAUUGCUCAAAACUUGCCUGCCAACAGUCCCAGUGUCGAUGCAUCCGAUUCAUUGUCACCAUUGUCAACAACUAUCCAGCUAAACAAUCGCUUUGAAUCACUCACGCGUCGACAAUUGCAUAAUUUUUCGAGCUCGUUUGUCGAUCGUGUUUCGGAUGCAAUUCAGUCAGCGUUGACCUCGAAUCAGCAAGCGGCUAAUUUAAGCUCUGCUAAACUUAGCAACAAUGAACAUGCUGCUAUUGUUGAUGAUGAUGAUGCAUCAAUUAUAUCCAACUAUUGGAUGUUGCUGAUGAUUGUACUGUACUUCGUUGUGGUGCUCGGUGGAAUUUUCGGUAAUGCUUCGCUCAUUGUCACACUCUUUACACAAUCGUCUGCCCGCCUUCGUAAUCCACUGCUGGUUGCAUUAUGUUUAGCCGAUUUAAUGGUAACUGGCGUUGCUGCACCAUUGACUGUCGUUGCACUGUUUCUCGAUGCACGCAAAACCAUCACCUCGACGCUCAUUUGCAAAAUCAUUCAUUUUGCGCAGUCGGUUCCGGUGGCUGCGAGUACGAUAAGUUUGUUGAUGUUAUCCCUCGAUCGAUAUGCGACUGUAAAACAUCCACGCUUGGCACAAUUGCGACAGCGCCGUUUUUUACCAACAUUUCUCGCAUUUGCAUCAUGGAUUAGCGCAAUUUGUGUCAGCAUCCCAAUUCUGUUGGAAAAUACUGCAAAUUAUGAGACAAUGGUUAAUUCGACACGAACAAAUCAAACUAUGGCCGCCCAAAUAUCGUCGGGUUUUAGUCGAACGCUGUUGAUUGAAAACAAUACAAAAUCCAGCACACUCAGCACCAGUCCAUUUGCCGUGAUAAACGGUACAAACGGUACAAACGAAACCAUUCCGGAGACGACGAGGUCGCUGUGUCAGCUAAAUUUCGGAACGUUUGGCACAAUGCAAAUGCCCAGUGUUUUUCUAACAAUUUACACAUUGCUGGUGUUCAUUUUGCCGGGUAUCGGUGUCAUUUUAAAUCAUUUGGGUGUGCACCAUAAGCUGUGUGCUCUAUCGUUGACAGCACGAGCUGCACACGGUGAACUGCCCUUGCCCAUGCCAAUCAUGAGACGACCAACGCACAUGAUUAUCGUUACGGGAAUGGCCAACGCUGACGCUGUACGCGAAGAAGACGAUAGCACAAAUGACGAAAACAACCAGCAAAAGGAUGAAAGACGAUACAUGAUGGAUUCGACACGUUUGAAGGCUACGCCGCGCACACCAAGAUCGUUACGUUAUGGUCACAGUAUACGAAGUCAUGCGCAUAAUACUAAAAACGCUGCGCCAUCUGAGCUUCCAUUGCCUCAAACCUCAACAUUGCGGUCACGUCGACGUUUGGCCCGUCUUUUGGUCGCUGGUUCGUUUGUAUUUGUAUUUUGUUGGUCACCGCAUGUCAUUUUUCUCAUUUGCACCAAAUGGUCGGGGCGAGAAACGUACUCGAAAACAGCGGCUAAUUAUUCACUUCUUUUGGGUUAUACACACUCAGCACUGAAUCCAAUAUUGCAUUGGGCAUUGAAUCAAAAUUCGUUGCGUCAAUCGUCAUUACUUUCACGAUUAACCAGCGUUCAGCGGUACCUGCAAGCACAUUUCCAUGAUCGUAAUCAUCAACCACCUCCGUCGUCAACCAACGAAGCAGCAUUGGGCCCAUUUAAUCCACGUUUCAUCAAAGCCCGACCACAACCGUACAACAAUCCACCAGCAUCGUCACAUUUUAUGUAUUAAUCCGGCCACCACCACCACGUCAUUGUGAUUAGAUUUCUGUUUUUGUGGCCACUAAAACUACAGUGGAUAAAACCAACUAAAUUAACUACAGGAGGAAAAAAAAGCAUGCAAAAAAAUGGAACCUCAUAAGAAGUUCAGAAGUAUUAAUUGGGUUGCGAACCCAUUUUCGAUCUACGGCAUCUACUAAAUGCGAAAGGUCCGAUAGUUGAUGCAACUGACAAGAUAUAAACAUCUUGAGCAGCAACUAUAUGGUGUGUUUACAACACUUGAAAUGUGCCCUUCAUCAUCAUGAAAGAGAGAGAGAGAUAGAUGGCGAGGGAGAGGAAGAGAGAGAUAAAGUGGCUAACCGCUUCGGAAUUGAGUGAAAUAUUUCUCCGUUGGAUUGUCAAUGUCAAAUUAAGAGGAAAUGGAUUUGGUGUUGGCGGAGAUAGAGAGUAUGGGCAAAAGGCAAACAACAAUCAAAAGAACAUCAUGCAUAAAAGCGAAGCAACCACACCGAAUACCAAUGAGGAUUGAUAUCGAGGGUGUGGGACACAUAAGCUGUACGAUGACAAAUGUCAGAUUGUUGGCAUUACGGAUUCUCACCAUAAUUUUGUAGAAGGCAUCUCUGUUUCGUUGCCGGCAAAUGCUUCUCAUUGUUGUGUAUAUUUCGAGAAAUAUCAAAGCGUUUGUCCAUUCCAGUCAACGAUGACGACCAUUCGCAAUUUUAUCCAUUCAUUUUUAACAUUGGGUACAUUGCUUUCAUACCAUUGUACUUGUUCGAAACGAAAACUUUUCUGUCAUUCAUUGUUGUGUGCAACAAGUUCAUGGGUCUUUUCGAUUCAAUGCGAUUUUUUUUUCUCGAUAGAUGUUUUUGAAAAGUCAGACACCGACAUAAGUAGAGAGCAAACAAGAGUAUGACGAAAAAAUCCAUCGCCAUUAUUGGCUCUUCGUGCCAUGUUGAAUUGUUCAGCAAAAAAAUCGUUGAUGUUAACAUGUUUGCAUACAUAGCUUAUCACUGUGGUUUUUUUCACAUCCAUUUGAUGUUUGGUUUUACAUUUUGGUUUUAUGAGGAAAAUUCUCUGAAUGAUUAAAAAUCGAUCUCGUGUCAGUGGCGUUAUUGCUUGAGCCAUAAAAAAAAGCCAACUUAAUGAAAACGGUUCAUUCUUUGAAAAUAAUGAAAUAUAGGGCUAUUUGAUGAUAAAAUGUAUGAAUAUAAUAUGCCAUAAAAACAAGACGGUUUUUCAUAUUCGCAUUGUCAUUCAACAAAUUUCCAAGAAUUCUCCGACAAGACAUCCAAUACUUGACAACAAAUUUGCUAACGAUGCGCUCGCUCGCUCGUUUGCUCACACUCUCUAAGCAACUUUCAUUAAAUUAUCAAAUUCCAUGGCAUAUUUGCUGACAGACUACCAAUGAUUCAGAACUGAACUAUGCCAACGAUUUUUCAAUUUUAAUUGCACUUUGAGAGUCCGACAUUGGAAAUUUGAAAAGCAUUAUGCCAUUAACAAUAUAUAUUGAUAUUUAUGUGCAUUGUGCAUGAAGGAUGUAUUACUCUCAAGUACCGCUGCUUGAGCAACGAAUCGAUAUCAUCUUGUAAAAUUGAUACAUAAUUUCGGUGCGACGGAUUUUCUCAAUGAUAAACGAGUUGAUGAUGCGAACUUCUGAUUGCCCGCCACAAAACUCGGUUCUUGAAUCGCAUUGCUGUGGUUAAGGUAAGGAAUUUGGUUUCGUUUUUAACAAAUUACUCGGAAAUGGUUAUAUUCCAAUGAAUAAAUGAAGUGGUUUCGUGGGAACAAGGAUUCACUUUCAAGUUGUAAACACAAAUCAAGUCAAUCAAAAAAUAUGGUUUCUCAAACAAAAUGCUCUUCCCGUCCUCUUACAAAUAGCCAUAAUCUGCUAUUAUUCUUACGACAAACUCUAGUUUUUCUUCUCAAACAGAUAAAAACUUUUACGUAAAGAUAAAAAAUAUAUUUUGUUUUUAACGUAGAAAGAGAUGAUGAUAGAAUGACUUUCUGAUAAUUUGAAGUGUGUCAUCAUCUGUUUAUUAGGAGCAGGAAGAAGGGUUACACCCAUAUGGUUCAUUUCAUGUUUAAUUUUGACGUAGUCAUAUUUGAAAUUUCGUUACAAUACCGAGAAGUCCAUGCAAAGCUGGAUUGCAUCUUUCGGGUGGAUGUUGAGUGGUUUUAUUCAUAUUUUAAAUGAAAUCGAGUAGAUUGAUUGCAUGACAAUCGAAAACUGCCGAAUUUUAUUUCCGUUUUUUUUUUCUUCAUCGGUCUCGUUCCAAAGAACACAUUUCAUUUUAUGUAUCGCUAUUUGAUUCUUUCGAACGAAUAAAAUGCGAACUUUGCACAAAUAAAUUGUACCGGAAGAUGCAUAUUCUUCUCGAGAAUAUGAUUCUACAUAAAAUAUUAAGCAACCCCCCCCAUCCCUUGACGAUUGAAAGUGGUCCCUUGCAAGUAAUUUUCUCCAUUUUCAUGAGGCAAUGAACAUUUUGAAUUGAAAAAUUAGCAAUGAAUUUUAUGUUUUUCAAACAAAUAAAACAAAAGCAUGGAAGGAACACGAAAUGAUAUGUACUUUUUAAGAUAUAUAUAUAAGCUUCCUGAUGAUACUAUUUUCAAAUAUGUGCUGUACUACUAUUUGUAUCUGUGAUUCUAUCUUAAAAACAAAACAAAACAAAAAAUGAAGAGAAAAAAGGCGAACAAAUCAAGAGCAUAGAAAUGAAAUGUCUUGUGUAUAUAUAUACACAUAUAUUUUUCAAUAUAUCUUUUCAAGGGAAAAAUAAAAUGUAACAUAAUGUCCACUUUGCGGCUAAAAUAUCCGUUGGGAGAACGGAUAAGAGGGAUGAAAAGUCAUGGCAACAUGAUUUGAUACGCAUUUGAAAUCCAAAACAGAAGUUUAAUGAACAAUUACAAAAUAAGUACAAAGAGUAGCUAGGCCAACUUUCUACAUUCACAAGGAAUUGUGUUUCCAAAAACGAGUAUAUAAAAGUCAAUACAGAAAGAAAAAUACAGAGGGGGAGAGAUGAACAAUUAUAAUGUGAGUUUUAAUCUAGCUAACUUGUUAUUAUGAUCCAUUUCAAGCAACUCAAUUCCUUUUCGCUUUAAAAGUUAGGGUGAAUCGAUUUUAUUUUUCAUGCAUGAAUUUCCCAUGAAAAAGUCGAACAAGCAAUGAAAACGCUGAAUAAAAGUCCAUUCCAAUCAUUGAUCAUUAGUCAGAAGACAUUCCAUAGUCUGGGAUUCACCACUGUCUUUACGGUUAACAAAUAAGCAAUGGCGACCUCGAGGUCAACCAUAGUGGUCCCAAAACACACAGAUUUUUGAGAGAGCAAUAAAGAACGCAUUUGGUGAUCAAACUGGUGAUUCUUACAUACAAAAUUGGCUGAUGAUGUACUAUGAAGGUGUAUGCCCGGAACAAAAGUGUCUCCUUUUAAUAUGUCCAAUCGAAUUGCGUAUCCGUCGGUUUCGACUUUCUUCCGAAAAAUCAAAUCGUUUCACCCUACUGUACAUCCUAGAGGGAAAAUAAAUUGCAAUUAAAUUUUGCAUGAUAAUACCAACGAUACACUCUAUGUAUAAAUGCUUGAAAUAACUUAUUAAAAAAAAAUUAAAUGAAAAUAUUCUCUGACAAAAAAAUGUGAAUUGUUAAGUGUUUGUUUCUUAAAGUCUAUAUUGCAUAAUGUUUAAGAUUUAUUUGGAAAAAUUCAUACUCUCUCUCUAUCCAUAAAAUCGGUCUACGAUAUUGAAAUAAAAAAAAAACAAAUUAUAUAAAGGAAGGAGUCGAAUGGCUCGUUUCCAACGGUGAGGAAAUGGUACCUUUUUUGCAACAAAAAAAACACAUAAAAUAAAAAUGAUAGUUAGGAAAUAUCAAUAGAUUUUCUUUUUAUAGCGUUAAGCUAAAAAGAACUUCAAUUAAAUGCCAAGAGCAUGGAAUUGAAAUGUCAUUUGAUAAGUGUCAUUCGCGAUUGAUAGCACAAAAAAACCCAAUCAAAGCUUCGAAUUUCUACUUAUUUCUAUAAAGAAUGGACAAUUUCUUCAAGGUUUCCCUAUUCAUUGGUGUAUAGAAUAUAAAAGAGGCUACGAAAUCAUUUUAUCAUCGUUUAUAGCAAAUAAAUAUAUAUAUUUUUCCGUUUUAUGCGCUAUCUGCGUUUAUAUAUCGAUUUGAGUCGGAGGGCUCACAGCAAUCAUUUUGAUUUCAAAUGAUAAAGCAAUAAGCAAUUUUGACUUAUGUGUGGGUAUGUGUUUAUAUGGUGUGAAUUGUGUAUCGACAGUCGUGUGUUAAAUUCCGCAGAAACAAAGCAAAAAACUGAAAACACAAUGGAAUCAGCUAGGGCACAGCACAAAAAAAAACUAUGUAUAACUAGGACACACAAGAUGAUAAACAAUGUGUUUGCCGUUUCAAUGUCGUGUCAAAAGAAUACACAACAAACAAUUUGGCACUAUCGCCAAUGACAAUCACAGAAGAUAAGCAAGAGAGAGAGAGAGAGAGAAAAUCUCACUCACACCACACAAAAAAUAGAUAUAAAUUUGCGAUAACAAACUACUUUCACCCCGAGAAUAAAAAUGAAUUUAUUGCAGCAACGCACGAAGAAAUGACAAAAACCUACAUAUACACGACGGGAGAAACGAAGCUGAUGGCAAAGAAGAAAACGACAAAAAAGUAAACAAUGUGCUAGAAAACGAUAGGCAAUACACAAACACACACUAUUUCAUUUUAUCGGCCGAAUUUUAAUACAUUGAUAUGUUUAUGUUACUAUAUUCUAUCUAUUUUUUUCGGUUGAUUUUCGGUUUUUUUUUGUUCAGGUCUGUAGGAUAAGUGCAAAUAAAAAAGGAGAGAAAUGAGAACUAUAGAAGAGCACUCGUUCGUCGAAGGCCUACUACAUCUUUCCAAUAACAAAACAAAAAAUUAUUAUAUUUAUUAUGUGUAAGACUCUUUUUUCGGCGAAGAGUUCAUAAAUUCAACCUUGUCGUAUGGGCGAUAACCAAACGAAUACACAAACGAAUGUUGAUGUUGUUGCGUCAGCUCAAGAUUAUGGUGCUAUCACAUUGGUAUUCUAUCAUUUUUAUUUGUAGUAGCAAAUCGAUGGAGAAAUUGAUCUGUGAAAAGAGUAAAUCAAUUAUGAAGAAACGAUACAGAAUCUAUACUAACAUUUAAGUGAAUUUGAAGGACACUUUUGUGGGAAUAAUUUUUACAUUUACACUCACACACACACACAAUAUUCUACGAAGUGAUUUUCCUUGUGCAACAAAUGCAUUUGCACAGCACAACACACACAGAGAGAAAUCAGUACAACGGAAUUGAAUUGUAGACGAUUAAUUGUAAAACUUGGCGUAGUGAUCUUACAAAUUUGGUGUAUCAAAUUGAUUUUUGGACAAUUGAUACAAGAUCUCUUUUAAUUUGAAUGUAGAUGUAAUCAUAAUAGGACAUACUCAUUUCAUUGCAUUAGCUAAUAAAUUAGCUCAAAUUUGAGUUAAAUUCGAGAAGGGGAAACGUAAACUGCAUUAGAAUAGAAAAUGAAGAAUGAACUAACGUCAUUUAUUGUAUUUUACUAGUAGUAGCAAUGGGGUUUUGUUUCUUUGUAGCGCACGCUGAAUAUGAGCCUGCAUUUUAUUUGACGAAUCUGUUCUGCAUUUUAUCGAAUCAUUCUUUUGUUGUCUAGAAGAAGAAUAGUAAUCAUUCGGCGAAAUCAAUAGAAUUUCAGAACAAAGCAUUUCAUUUGAAUCAUUUUAAAGCAAACAUUUAAUUUGAAUUGGUCACUGAGUCAGUAUAUGGGCCUAAGAAGGGCCCGGACAACAAAGUGCUUCAUUGAAGACUAUUUAUAAUUAUCUACCGACUGUGGAAUACAGUAUUCACUCAGAAAUUUAUCCACAUUUUUCAAGUAUUUAUCCAGAAUAUAUUGGGUAAAGUUCGUGUGAUGAAGGUGCGUAUUCUAAUUUUGAAUUUGAGAAUCUGAAACGUGUGUACGACGACAUAGAUUUAUUAUUCAAAGAUAAAAUGCGCAAUAGCUCGGUUUUUACCUGAUGUAUUUCAAAAUGCUUGGCAUUUCCAGUAAUUUCAAAUUCUUGUGCAUUUUAAUGAGCUAAAUUUACGUGAAGUUAAAACGUUAUGCGACUAUAACCGUUUAUUUACCUUCGUAACUUAUGGGUUACCAUUUUUAUGUGCAUAAUUAGCAAAGCAACAAUGUCAAAAAAUAAAUCACGCCUAUCCAGCGUGUUGAACAGCAGAAGGAAGAAAACAAGAGUAUUUUUGUUUCAGUUCUCGUAGCAUAAAGUAAUUAUCAGCAUAAGUUGCAUAAGUAUUUAAGUAAUGCAUCAAAAGGAAAAUCAUUUAUUAUGAAUUCAAAAUUAUUAUUAUUGUUGAGAUAAUCAAAGGGUUCUUGUUUCGAUAUAAGCAUUUCAUUCAAGACAAAUUGGAGCAUCAAAAUUACAUUUAAACAACAAAAUCAAAUAAUUUUGCUUAAAAAAUCUUUGUGAUCUUAAACAGAAAAAUGUUUGUUUAUUAUUCUACUAAAGAAGACGAAUCAAAAGGAUUCUCUUUGGAGUAUGUAUCUAUAUUUGGCAAAUCUGUAAAUAAAUGUUUAGCAAAUUCGAAUAUAAGUUUCCGGCUUAAAAACCGUGCCGAUUUUGCGAUCGACACCCUGUAAAAAUAUCUAUUAAGAAUAUGCAGAGCAGCAAAUGUACCUCUACGAUAGACAUAGGCUCCUAAUAACUAUACAAAGUAUGUUUUCUAUAUACACAAAAAAUGGAACAAUUAAAAAAAUAGACAAACAUGAGCAAACCUUGAGCCAUUUUGGCCCGCGAUUUUUCUGCUGGCUAGAAUGACCUGAAAAUUGGCACAGAAGCUAGUUUUGGCAUAAAUAUGAAAAAUUGAUUUCAACCUCUCCUCUACUUAAAAAAAAAAAGAAAUCCAAAUUUCCUUGGUUUUUUUGACGUUCUUCUGCCGAUUUUCCGAAUUUUCGAACAGAUGGAUCUGGCGGCCUCGAAUCGACACCCUAGAUAUUAAAAUUAGCCAAAACGCAAAGACAGGUCGAUUAGAUUUUGAGAUAAACUACAUUUUCUCUUUUGGAAAUCUUCGAAAAUUUCGUGUCUGAAUUGCCCCAGAUGGGGGAAAUCUGAAGCGUUGCGUUUUCGCAACGCGGGGCCAAAAUGGGUUAAACAGUUGCCAAGUAAAAAAAAAAACAAUAUUUCUUUUCCAACUUUUCCACUAAGUUAGAGAAUGUUUUAUUGUCGUAAAUGUUAUCAAUUUCUACACAAAAUAAAAAUAAAGCAACAAAAAAAAAUGAGACGAGAAA